UGUAUUACAAAAAGCUAUAGUCAACACAACUGGAAAACAUGGAUGAAAUGGACAAUUUCCUAGACGGAUACCAGGUUCCAAAGUUAAAUCAGGAUCAGAUUAAUGAUCUUAACAGUCCCAUUUCCCCUAAAAAAGUAGAAGCAGUCACUAAUAGUCUCCCAAACAAAAAAAGCCCAGGACUUAGCACAGAGUUCUAUCAGGCCUUCAAAAAGACUUAAUUCCAAUUCUCAAACUAUCCCACAAAACAGAAACAGAAGGUCCUCUACCCAAUUCAUUCUAUGAAGCCAAAAUUACUGUGGUUCCCAAACUACAUAAAGAUCCAAGUACAAGUAUCGUAUAAGCCAAAGGCUCUUUUUGAGACUGGGUCUCAAGUACCUAGGCUGGCCUUGAACUUGCUAUGAAGUGAAGGCUUGCCUUAAACUCCAGAUCCUCUAGCCGACUCAAUCUCCCAGGAGCUGGGAUUUAAUGGCAUGCAUCCCCACACCCUGAUCCUAUAGGCUCUUAAUGCCAUAAUAGGGUAAAUACAGAUUUGAGAAAGUGGGCAGGUGUUUGCCUUGCAAGCUGUAACCACUUCUGUCACGUGGGGGCGGGGUCUGCCACGGAUUCUGGCGGCCGGAAGUUUCCCAGCAGGAAGAGGCGGGCUGGUGUUGGAGGAAAAGAGCGCCAGGAAGGUCCUGGUUUUGUCGCUGACUACACUGCUGCCAGACUGCUCCGUUAUGCUGGUGGUUGGCUCCGAGCUGCAGUCCGAUGCUCAGCAGCUGAGCGCGGAAGCCCCACGGCAUGGAGAACUCCAGUACCUGAGGCAGGUGGAGCACAUUUUGCGCUGCGGCUUCAAGAAGGAGGACCGCACGGGCACUGGCACCCUGUCGGUGUUCGGCAUGCAGGCACGAUACAGCCUGAGAGAUGAAUUUCCUCUGCUCACAACCAAACGAGUGUUCUGGAAGGGUGUUUUGGAGGAGUUGUUGUGGUUUAUCAAGGGAAACAUCAUCAGCUGGCCUCUAAAUCAGCUUUUCCUGAUUUUUCUGGAAAAUAAUGGAGAGAUAAUUAAGUACAAUGUCCUGUGAGUUUCCCAAAGUUAGAGAAUCUAUUUUGCUACUUGCUAUUGUAUUCCUAGGUCCAGAACAUAGCCAGCCACAUGGUAUGUACUCAGUAUAUAUUGUUUACUGGAACAAUAGAUACCAAAGAGUCAAGUAGGUACCUUGAAUAUGUGAUGACAGCCCCAAGUUCCUCCUGUGUGUCCUCGUCUAGAACAAGUGAGGCUCUGUCUAAUGCUGGGUGAGAGAACUCCAGAAGACAAGCUGAGUUCUGGGCCAUACUACAACUCCUUCUUUAGAGUACUUGGGGUGAUGGCUCAGUAGGUAAAGAGGGCUUGUUGUACAAGUAUGAGACCUGAGUUCAGUCCCCAGCAGUCACAUAAAUUCUGUGUGGGACUGGAGAGGUGGCUUAGCAGUUAAGAGCAUCUGUUGCUCUUGUUGGGCAUCUGUUACUCUAGUUCCAGUAUCAUCUGCUGUCCUUGGGCACUGCAUGUACAUGGUGUAUAGACACAUGCAGGCAAAACACCCAUACACAUAAAAUUUAAAAAUGCUGGGUGUGAUUGCAUGUAUCUCUAACCCCAGUGCUAUAAUGGGAGGGUGGACAUAGGAUCUUUGGUGUUUUGCUGGCUACUAGUUUAGCCUAAACAAGCUCUAGCCUAAACAGAGACCCUGUUUCAAGGGAAAGGUAGGAAGUGAUAGAGCAGGUAUCCUCUGGGUUCCAUGGGCUCAGGUACAUACAUGUGCACGCACAACACACUUACACACAAAAUCAGUAAAAUCUAGGGCACUCAGUGUGACUGACAUCAUCUUGGACCUACCAGACCCUAGAUUGCUUACCCAUUCUAGAACGGGUUGACAGUGUAUUUAGUCUGUCUCAAGGUAAAUCCUCAGAAAUUCUAAACAUCCAUAAAAUAGCUUGAGCCCAGCCCCAAAAAUGGGAAAGGGGGGCUUUUAAAGCACACCAUAAAAGAUUGAGAAGUUAGCCAGGCAGUGGUGGCACACACCUUUAGCCCAAGCAGUUGGGCCAGCCUGGACUACAGAGUGCCAGGACAGCCAGAUCUACACAGAGAAACCCUAUCUUGGAAAACAAAACAAAGAUUGAGAAGUUAUUAAUUAGGAGUGAAAAAGUUAAAAGAAACCUAAUAGAAACAGGGGCUGGAAAUCUGGCUCUGUGGUUGAGAGCACUUGUUCCAGUCUCCACAGGAAGACUAACAACCAUCUGUAACUAGUUCCAGGAAGACUAACAACCAUCUGUAACUAGUUCCAGGGGAUCAGUGCUCUCUUAUUGUCUCUGUAGGUCCUAGAUGGCACUUGUUGCACAGAUAUCCGUGCAGGCAAAAGAAAAAAGAAAAAAAAGAAGAAAGAGGAAAGGAAAGUCAGUUAUCCGUAUUGCAGUUGUCACCUGUGUGAAGAUAGAAUGGAUCCACAAAUGCUAAAGAAUUGUCCUCAAAGGGAGUGAGAAUCUGGGAUGCCAAUGGAUCCCGAGAUUUUCUGGACAGCUUGGGAUUUUCUGCCCGACAGGAAGGGGACCUGGGCCCAGUUUAUGGUUUCCAAUGGAGGCAUUUUGGAGCAGAGUACAAAGAUAUGGAUUCAGAUUACUCGGGACAAGGAGUAGACCAGCUGCAAAAAGUGAUUGACACCAUCAAAACCAACCCUGAUGACAGAAGAAUCAUCAUGUGUGCCUGGAACCCAAAAGAUCUUCCCCUGAUGGCACUGCCUCCUUGCCAUGCCCUCUGUCAGUUCUAUGUGGUGAAUGGGGAACUGUCUUGCCAGCUUUACCAGAGGUCAGGAGAUAUGGGUCUGGGCGUGCCCUUCAACAUUGCCAGCUAUGCUCUGCUCACCUACAUGAUUGCACAUAUCACAGGCCUGCAGCCAGGUGAUUUUGUCCACACUUUGGGAGAUGCACAUAUUUACCUGAAUCAUAUAGAGCCGCUGAAAAUUCAGCUACAGCGAGAACCAAGACCUUUCCCAAAGCUCAAAAUCCUUCGAAAAGUUGAGACAAUCGAUGAUUUCAAAGUUGAAGACUUUCAGAUUGAAGGGUAUAAUCCACAUCCAACGAUUAAAAUGGAAAUGGCUGUUUAGAGUGCUUUCAGUGAUGCUAUGAAUAUCACCGUUUUUUUUUUUUUAAUUAGGUAUUUUCCUCAUUUACAUUUCCAAUGCUAUACCAAAAGUCCCCCAUACCCUCCCCUCCACUCCCCUACCCACCCACUCCCACUUCUUGGCCCUGGCAUUCCCUUGUACUGGGGCAUAUAAAGUUUGCAAGUCCAAUGGGCCUCUCUUUCCAGUGAUGGCCGACUAGGCCAUCUUUUGAUACAUAUGCAGCUAGAGUCAAGAGCUCCGGGGUACUGGUUAGUUCAUAAUGUUGUUCCACCUAUAGGGUUGCAGAUCCCUUUAGCUCCUUGGGUACUUUCUCUAGCUCCUCCAUUGGGGGCCCUGUGAUCCAUCCAAUAGCUGACAGUGAGCAUCCACUUCUGUGUACACCUCCAAGAGUAGCCAUUACAGUCACUCAUGGAGUAGCGUACGAAGUACUUCAGGUAGAAGCACUUGCAGUCCCUCAAGGCAGAACCCUCGAAGUCCUUCAAGGAUGAGCCCUCACAUUCCCUCAUAGAGGAUUCUAUGCAGUCCCUCAAGGAGGAGCCCUCACAGUCACUCAAUGACCACACACAGUCCAUCAAGGAAAAGUCCUCGCAGUCGUUCAAGGAGGAACCCUCUAAGUCCUUCAAGGAUGAGCCCUCACAGUCCCUCAUGGAGGACCCCAUGCAGUCCCUCAAGGAGGAGCCCUCACAGUUACUCAAGGACCCAACACAGCCCAUCAAGGAGAAGUCUUUGUAGUUCCUCAAUGUGGAACCCACAAAGUCCUUCAGGAUGAGCCCUCACAGUUCCUCAUGGAGGACCUCUUGUAGUCACUCAAGGAGGAGCCCUCACAGUCACUUAAGCACCCCACACAGCACAUCAAGGAGAAGUCCACCCAGUCCUUCCAGAAGGAACCCUCGAAGUCCUUCAAGUAUGAGCCCUCACAGUCCCUCAUGGAGGACCCCAUGCAGUAACUUGUUGUGAGCCAGCUCAUGGCUCACAUGGACAGGGUACACCUGAGUGGCAGGCCAGGGCUGAAAGAGAGGGGAACUAGGUGGUCGAGAGAAAAAUGGAGCUAAGUCAAGAUUCCUGAUCAAAGCUCAAAUGUUUAAUGGCACAUGCUCUUAUAAAGGGGGGAGGGGGAGGCCCAUUCCCGCCAAUUCAUUCUAGGAGCCCAGCUGCAGUUGACGACGUGCAGGAUAGGGUGAAGUUCCAGAAUAGCUCAGCAGCCUCCCAGCAGGUAGCAGCAUCUUGAAGGGGAACAGUGGCAGUGGCUGAGCAAUAGAGUGAUCUAGGGAGGAAGGCUCCACCCUAGGUAAUCUCCUUAGUGGCAGAAAGGUCAAUGUCUGGCUCAGCCUGCUUCAGGCUGGGGGAGGUUACAAUUUCCUCCGUUAUUAAUAUUAAAUAAGCUGGACUGAGGCAUAAAAUUUAUGCUCUAUAGUUCUGCCUGAUUUCUUUGGGUCUAGUGAAGAAACCUGUCUCAGUGGGAUUCCCUAACUUUUUCUCAUUGUAAACCCACCUAUUCGCUAGGCCAUGGUGAAUACCCUUGUCUGGGUAAGACUGGCUACUGUCCCAAGUAAAUACUCUGUAGACUAGCCCUGAGCUAUUCUAUCUCAUUCUUUGUAAUGCCUAAUUAGUUUCAUUGUCUCUUCCAAGCUCCUCGGCUUCAAGCAUUUUCUAGGACAUUGGAACAGUGGCCAAGGCUUAGCUAUGUCAGAAUUCAAUCUUAAAAGGCACUUAUAAUAAGAUAAUACUAAAAGAGAGCACGUGGAGCCAUACACCAGACUAACGUGGGGAUAGGGUAUGAGUAUACAGGUUAUGAGAACACUAAAGUUCCAGGAGGUGAGUUUCUGUGAAAAACUCUGCCUCGUGAGUGCUCCCAGGCACCUCUGCCUGCCAAGCAAACUUCACUGUAGUGUGUGUAGCAUUCUCCCCCUUUCUUUUUAUAUUCAGGAGUGCUCUAAACACAACGAUUUACUAAUAGAAUAGUGCCAAUAAUAGCAAGUUGAAUAUAUAUAUCUCCCAAUCUAGGAGAUUCAAUGCACUUAGGUUUUUUUUGUUUGUUUGUUUGUUUUGUUUUUUAUCUCUGGCCAAUUCAUCAAUGUUCCAAGUGUCCAAGUGACUUUUGCUAAUAUCUGAAACUUCUGCCUUUCUAGCCUUAAUAUAUGCUAUGUCCUGCCCUGUUGUUAAGACUGCUACUUAUAAGACAUUAACCUUUGCCUCCAAUUUUUUUACAUGGCUCUGUGGUGUAUUAUUAGUAAACCACGGCCUCUUGGCAUGUGCCUCUUUUUAGACUGAUAUGAUUCCGAGAUCUGGAUGCCCGUCUUAGACUGUCUGGCCCUCAUAGCAAACCUUAUUCCCGAUUCAGACCAAAACCACAAUAUGUACUUAGAAUGCUUCUUCAUGAAGAUUUAAUAACUGCCACCUGUGCUGUUGGAGGUGAGGGUGCACACCUGCUGCAGUAAGGAUGAAGGGCAGGACUGACCUGCUUGAAAAACAAAGUGGAGACAGUGAAAAGCAACAGUACAAAAGCUUCUUUGGGGGAAGUCCAGGUACUCCAUUCAAUUGCAAAUUAGCAAUGGUCAUGCUUAGACUUAGAGCUCCCGUUGUGGGGAGGUGACUUCGAGAAUCACAGAAAGGCUGUAACUUUCUAGGAGAGGAGGCUGUGCUCCAAAUUAACUUUUCGGUUAAAGAGGAUUUUUAGCUUUAAUAAGAGUCAUACUUACUGGAGGAUUCAGGAUCUUUAUCCAGUUGACAAACUAAUCUUUCAGGCAGGCAGCCAUCCUGCUCCAUCUUCUUUUUGUGAAAAAAAAAAAAAAAAAAAAAAAAA